AUGGUUUCAGUCAACUUAUCAACACCUAAAAGGAAAAGAGGUAGACCACCAAAGCCUAAUAACUUCUCCAAUAAGAUUACCAAGACUAUUAAUAUUAGUAUUAAUACUUCACCGUUAUCAAAUUCUCCUGAUGCUGAAAAUAAUUCUAAUCAAAUAGUUAAACGGGGAAUUCCUGAUAUUUUCACUCCAACUAUGAGAGUAUCACCUAAUAGUAGAAUUAAGAAGAGGAAAUUGAAAGAUUCUAUUAAUUCUAGUCCUAUUAAAAAAGAGAUUAACUCGAAAACUUUGGAUAACAUAGCAUUAAUAACAGGAAAUUUAACUCCUCCACCUUCAGUUAAAGCUAAACUGUCAAGAAAUUUAUUACCUCCAGUAAUGAUUAAACCUGAAGAGGAAUAUAAUCGAUUAACUGUUGAUAGUAAUGGAAGAGCUUCACUUAAUAUUCAACAAACUCCUCAACAAACUCCUCACCAUCAAUCUGGUCAAAAUGGUCACUUUGGUCAAAAUUACUAUAAUUUAAAUUAUAGAAGUUUAUCUUAUUCAGGUGGUGAAACAAAGAAAGAUUUGGCGAUGGAUAAUUUCGAAAUGUUGAAUAAUAAUUUGAAUAACAGCUUAAAUUAUAAUUUUAAUGAUUUUGAUUAUGGGCAGGUAUCAAAUCAGAAUCAAAAUUUAAGUCAAAACCAGAAUUUAAGUCAAAAUCAAAAUUUAAGUCAAAAUCAGAAUUUAAGUCAAAAUCAGAACUUAAGUCAAAACCAAAAUUUAAGUCAAAACCAAAACUUGAACUUGAAUUUGACUCACACUCCAAACUUAAGUCAAACUAUGACUUUAGGUCAUGUUAGUCAAAAUCAAAAUUUAAGUCAAAACUUGAAUUUGAAUCAAAAUUUAAAACCAACAAUUGUAAAAUAUAAUUCCGAUAGUUCAUUUACUUUAAAUAAUGUUAAUAAUGGUAAUAAUACUCAAACAACAUAUUUUAAUGAAAAUAAUUUACCUCAAACUCCAAAGACAAAAGAUUUCACUGUUUCAACAGGGUUCACUCCUUUGUCAUAUAAUUUAACACCACAAUUCAGUUCAAUGAUGAAUUCAAUUUUCAAUUCUCCUAAGAAGGACAACUUCAAAGACUUUAGUUUUCAAACCCCAAAUAGUAAUGCUAUUGGAAUGGGGAUUAAUUUAAAUAAUCAGUAUUAUUUUAAUGAUCUUUAUAAUUAUAAUGAUGACGGUGACGCCAGAUUAGCAUUAAAGAAGAUUAUUCAUGUAAAGAGGAAAUAG